CACAGCUCUCCUGACAGCCGGCAGUGGCGAGCGGCUGCUGCAGAGCCAGGCCAUGGGCUGGCGCUCCUGACAGGAUCGCUCGCCCUCUCGUCAGGGCCCGUCGGGGACACAGCACAGCCCUGUCGCUUCUGUCACCAGCAGCGCGGCCGACAUGUGCCUGUGACCAUGGAGAUGAAGGACUCGGGCAGCGUGGUCCUCACAGCCUACCAUCCGCACAGCCCGGCCAGGAUACCGGGCAUGGAGCAGAGCUUUGUACAGGAUAUCCCUCCCAGCCAUUCGCCCGCCAGCAGAAAGUCCCUCCCUCGUUGUCGAAGAAUUAACAGGAUGCUUUCCAACGAGUCAGCACCUCCUCCUACAUUCAGUCGCUCCAAUUCGCAGGCCUCCAUGGACAGCACUUCCAUGGAGGACUUUUGGUGUGAAGUGGAGAACAUCAAGGAGAGCAGAGAAGAUGGAUCUGAAGAGGCAACACUCUUGGAGUUCAAGCCUGCUGAUGAAGGGGAGCUGGAGGCAGAAUGGCUGCAAGACGUAGGUUUAUCUACAUUGAUCUCUGGAGCUGAAGAGGAGGAUGGCCAAGCUCUGCUGUCCACUCUGACCAGAACUCAAGCUGCUGCCGUACAGAAGAGGUACAACACCUACACUCAGACCCUGAGGAAGAAGAACAAGCACACAGUCCGGGAUGUGCGAGACAUCUUUGGCACCGAUGACUCUUCUCUCACGUUUGAGACCGUUCCAGUGCCACCAGUUCCUUCUAAUGGUAUCCAGCUCUCUGGGCAAAAGCCAGUUUGGAAAUCAGUUACCUCUAAUAGCUGUCUAGACUGCGGACUAGAUAAAGGCAGCCCAUCCAUAACAGAAGAGCUCUCUUAUGAGGUCUCUUUCUCAGAAUCCAUUACAGUCCUUCCAAAAACACAAGAGUGGCCAAAGAAUCAGAGGUUCAAAAAAGAAGACUCAGCUUUGCCUAAAUUCAUUGUUCGGAAAAGCCGGUUUGGACUGACAGAGGUUGGAGACCUCUCCCCUGAAGACAUGAAGAAGAUCCGCUACCUCUCCUUGAUUGAGCUAACAGCCUUCUACGAUGCGCUGGGGGUGGAACUGAAGAGGAACCGUGCAGAGAGAGUGCGGGGACGAGAGAAUGGUCUUUUCGGAGUACCUCUCACCGUCCUGCUGGAGAAUGAUCAAAAGAAGGUUCCCGGAAUAAAAGUUCCCCUCAUCUUCCAAAAAUUGCUGCUCAAGCUUGAGGAAACAGGUUUGGAAACUGAAGGAAUUCUACGAGUUCCUGGAUCUGCCUCCAGAGUCAAGAAUCUCCAUCAAGAACUUGAGGCGAAAUUUUACGAAGACACUUUUGACUGGGACCAAGUACGAAAUAAUGAUGCAGCGGGACUGCUGAAAAUGUUUAUAAGAGAACUCCCAAGCCCACUCUUCACAGUAGAAUAUCUGCCUGCUUUCAUCACACUAGUGGAAAAAAUCUCCAAGAUCAAGUUACAGCUACAAGCUUUGCAUCUGUUGAUCAUGCUGCUGCCUGAAGCCAACAGAGAUACAGCCAAGGCCUUUCUUCAGUUCCUGAAGAAGGUGGUUGCUAAUGAAGCAAAAAACAAGAUGAAUUUGUGGAAUGUUUCUAUGAUUGUUGCACCAAACCUCUUCAUCUACAAAGGGAAACGUGCAAACCAACAAGAAAUGCAAGCAGCUGCCACCACAGCACACAUCGUGCGGCUUUUAAUUCGGUACCAGGACAUCCUGUGGACAGUCCCAUCUUUCCUGAUUUCCCAAGUGAGAAAAAUGAAUGAGGCAGCGAUGAACAACAGCAAGAGGCAGCUGAUGUUUGACAAAGGAGUGAGAAAACUUCUAAGGAGAAAGACCAUGGAACGGGAGAGACCUGAAAGACCAGAGGGAGCUGUCACUUUUCCCCCAUACCUGCAGUCUGACAUACCCGAGGGGGUGAUAAGAGUGUAUGCUCCACUGCAUUCAAAAGUCUCUAUGGCAAUUCAACUCAACAGCCAAACAAAAGCCAAAGACAUCCUGGCUCGAUUCCACUGUGAAAACAGCCGUGGAUCAUCACAGAACAUGAGGGGCCAGAUCCAAAGUUUACAUGAAAUUGGAGGAAAUAUAGGUCAGCACUGCUUGGAUCCAGAUGCUUACAUGUUAGAUGUCUACCGUGCAAAUCCUCAGGCAGAAUGGGUGAUAAAACCAAAAGCGAGCUGAAGCAGAAGGCUGCAGUGUACUGGACAAAACCAAACGGACAAGAGUGAUGCCUGUCAUUUAAGAAGCUCUUGCAGAGACAAAACAGUAGCUACAGGACAUCAUUCCUCCCUACUGAAGUGUCCAACUGAUGGUCAGCACAUACUACUUUUGGUAUUCCAGAUUCUGACCAUCAGAAAAAUAUCACAUCAGUUAUGCUUUCAUAUGGAUUACACUUGUGCCAGUUGGCCCAGGAAUUGAGGAGGACAGCCCAAGGUACGGUGUGCAGAAAACAACCUGUCACAUACAAGUUGUUCAUUUCCUGACCUGGUGUUAGAACAUAGAUAUUUGAAAAUAAUCCAGUAACAUCAGAGGAUGAAUGAAACACUACCUACCACAGUGUAACACAGAAGCACCACAGAGACGUUCAAGAAGAGAAGGUACCUGUCAGAUGUGGAAGACAGAAGCUCAACAUGCAGCAGUGCCAAGACACAGCCUUGUGACAAACCAAAACCUUUCUGCUGAAAGUAAACAGUGUGCAUAACUGCAAUAAUUGUCUCUCAGUCACUCCUCAGGAGUACCUGACACUGGGAGCAGGAGGCAGAAGGAAGGACUAAUGUAUAGACAGCUGUACUGCCCAGUGUGUACCACUGUAUUACAUAUCACUACCAGUCUUCCAAAAUGGUCUGUCUGGAUCAUGUAGCUGUGUGCAACUGUAAUGCCACAGACCAUUCUCUUGUUCCUUCCUCUGUCACACACACAGAUUUCAGGAGACAACUGCUCGGUAAGAAGGGGCAUAUACCCCUGGCUCUGCCUUUUACUUGAUACUCCCAGAAUUAAGUCUGUGUAAUGCCAUACUAUAAGAUAUGUGUUACUGGUGCAACUUACAGUCACCACUUGUUUUUGUCAAACAUUAUAGUUUCCUAUUUGUAACCUAAUUAUUUUUAUUUUGUUUAUUUUAGCUUUAAUACAUAAGCAAUUUUUAUACUAUUCAGCUGUAUUGACAAGAGAGAUCUUUGUUCAGGUCUUGUAUAAUACAACAUGGAGAAGAAAAAGAGCUUCCAAUGAGCAGUGGGAUUUAAUAAUUUACACAUUAGGUCUUUAAAGCCAUAGCCAAACUAGGCCCAGUCAUGCUGGGGGUUUUACAAACACACAGAAAGUUGCAGCUUUUUACAGAUGACAUGCAGUCAAAGAAGACACAGGCUAACAAGAGAACAACAUGCUGCAACUGCAUUGGAAAUGUAAGACAGCGUGUCUAGUUUGUAGCUAGUCACAAGAGCAAGCACCGUUCUUCACCUAGUCAUCUCCUUUGGGGCUAUACUUUACUGAACUAAAGCAUGUUUGUUGAGUAGGGAAAUCACAAAUCUCUGGAAAAGAGCAAGUCUUUUUCUCAUCUUUGUCAUAUGCAAAAAAUGGGAAUUGAUACCUUCAACUGCACUGCAAUGUCUCCAUCGUUAAGACGAUGAUAUUGCACAGUGAAUACACCCACAGCCUGAGCAGUGGGUUUUGUUUCUGACCUGGAUGCACGGAUGAGGCAGAAGCUGCUUAUCACAUAGCAAUGUAAAAGUGUUCUGAACCAAGUCCUCCAGGUGAACACAAAGGACGGUGUCCUGCAAAGGAAGUCUGUUAAUUUGUGAUUCUCUGCUGAAGUUGUGCAAUGAGGAUCUGAACCAGAAGCAGGGCUUCUAGAAUGUGCUAAUUAGGUUAAUUGUGUUGUUCAAUAGUUAACUUUCUUUGUUAGUGAUCAGUGAAAGAAAUCAACAUUGAACUAAUAACUUUACCAGCAACAAUAAUGUCUACAGAGGGCAGAUCUUGUCUUCUUUCUUACCUUCUGGUUAAAAAAUGAUAAAAAUUUAGCAAACAUAAUCCUUUUCAUUAAAACAGUGACAUUUUAAACUUCCUGACAUUUU